GACCUCAUAGAUGCCCCCGUCCGACUGUUUCCCAUCUCCCUCUCGGCCGACUCUGCGUCUCUCUCCCUCUCCCUCCCCUCACUGAGGGCGACCACCCAUGUCUUCAUCCCGCUCACGGAUUGCGGCCUGGUUCGCAAAGGCCGCCUCCUUCAACGUCGAGUCCCUUUUCGUUCGCACGCGCGAGCCCGGUCCUCCUCGGUCCGUCCUCGUCCAUCAGGACCUACCAGAAGACUACUAUGACAAGAAGGGGAGGGUAAAGAAGGAGCACGUCUUCGCUACUAACCAACACAUCACGGCAAAGUACUCUAUCAUCACAUUUCUGCCCCGGAACCUACUGGAACAGUUUAGGCGUGUUGCAAAUAUCUUCUUCCUCGCUAUCGCCAUCCUCCAAUUCUUCCCCAUCUUCCCUACCAUCUCCCCCGGCCUUGCCAUCCUCCCACUACUCAUCGUCCUCGCCAUUACAGCCCUCAAGGAUGGCUACGAGGACUUCAAGCGGCAUCAGGCUGAUCAUGCUGUCAACCGCUCUCAGACCCGAGUGCUCAGAGGUGGCGCAUUCAAGAAUCCCAAUCCAAUGGAGGCAAAGACGAAGACGUUCAUCCCGGCGAUCGUGCCCAUGAUUAUGUCGCAUCGCCUGAAGCGCAAGUCGGUUAAGACGGCAGACGUCGAGGCGCUCGAGCUCGAGGCGGGUGCGCCGCAGGAGGGUAUGACGCAAACAAUGCCAGAGCGACCUUCGGGAGAGGGCGAGCCUACGUUGGAGGACGAGGAAGAUAUUGAGUACGAUGACGAGGAACCGGGCGACGGUUCCUAUCGCCCAACGAGCCCGCGCAUGAGCGCACAUGGUCAUGAUUCUGACAUUGGGCACCACGACCCGAAACGGGCCCAUUGGAAGAAGACGGCAUGGGAGGACGUGAAGGUGGGGGACUUUGUCAAGAUCGUCGACAACGAAUCUUUCCCUGCGGACAUCCUCAUCUGCGCUACCUCGGAAGAGGAGAACGUGUGCUUCGUCGAGACGAAGAACUUGGAUGGAGAGACGAACCUGAAGUCCCGUACUGCGUCGCCCGUGCUUACCCAUCUCCGUACGGCGGGCGCGUGUGCCGACCCGCACAUUCAGUUCCGUAUCGACUGCGACCGACCAGAGACCAACCUCUACAAGCUCAAUGCGGCGGUCGUACCCGAGAAGGGGCAGAAGUCUUCGGUCGACAUCCAGCAAAUCCUGCUCCGAGGCUCGGUCUUGCGGAACACACGUUGGGCUAUCGGUAUCGUCCUCUUCACGGGCGAGGACACGAAGAUCGUGCUCAACUCUGGCGGUGCACCGAGUAAGCGCAGCAAGGUGGAAAGGCAGAUGAACCCACAAGUAUUUAUCAACCUUCUCAUUCUGGCCGUGAUGGCGGUCGUUUGCGGUAUAGUGGAUGCCGUUCUGGAACAACGCUACUACCCUCGUGGGGCGCCUUGGCUCUACGCUGACGACCAGUCCGACAACAACCCACACGCGAACGGCGCCAUCACCUGGGCGUUCGCUCUCAUCACAUUUCAGAACAUCAUCCCGAUCUCGCUCUACAUCUCGAUUGAAGCCGUGCGCACGAUCCAGGCGCUCUUCAUCUACUUCGACCAUGAAAUGUACUACAAGCCGUCGGACACGCCGACGCUGGCGCGCAGCUGGAACCUCUCGGACGACCUCGGCCAGAUCGAGUACAUCUUCUCCGACAAGACCGGGACGCUGACGCAGAACAAGAUGGUCUUCCGGCAGUGCUCGGUUGGCGGGCGGACGUACAAGGGAGAGGGGAGCUCACGGGUGGACGACGGCUCUGCCACGAAGGUCGGACUUCCUGGAGAGGAGGGCGAGCGUCGCUCUUCUGCGACACAGAGCCCGGAGACGCUAGACGUGAAGAAGACACCUACUAGUUCGACCGAGGACAUCCCUGAUGUGCUUGCUGCGGACAAGGUCGGUCUCGCGGAGGGUGCACUUAGCCACUUCCGGGACGCAGAGCUCAGUGCGGACAUUGCGGCUGCUAUGAACGCGGACGAGGAGAGCGAGAGUGCUGUCCACGCGCGGUUGAUCAACGGGUUCUUCACCGCCCUCGCGCUCUGCCACACUGCGCUGACGUCGAUUGACCCUGAAACGGGUGCGAUUCAGUACAAGGCGCAGAGCCCCGACGAGGCGGCGCUCGUCCAGGCCGCCGCGGAUGUGGGCUUCGUCUUCCGGGGUCGCGACAAGGAGGAGCUCACGCUGCAGACACCGUUUUCGACUGCGUACGAGAAGUACGAGCUGCUGAACAUCCUGGAGUUCAACUCGGCGCGCAAGCGGAUGAGCGUGAUCGUGCGCAAGCUCGGUGACGAUGAGGCAGAGGAGGAGGGCGGCCGGGUGUUCCUGCUGACGAAGGGCGCGGACAACGUCAUCUUUGAGAGGCUCGAGCCGGGCAACGAACAGCUGAAGCGUCAGACGGAGAAGCACCUAGACGAGUUUGCGGGCGAAGGUCUGCGGACGCUGACCCUCGCUUACAAGGUACUCCCCGAUGACUAUUAUGAGGAGUGGAGCCAGCGCUAUCAGGAAGCAGUCGUCUCGCUUGACAACCGUGAAGGGAAGAUCGACGCGAUCUACGAGGAGAUUGAGAACGGACUGCGGCUUCUUGGCGCCACUGCCAUCGAAGAUCGUCUGCAGGAUGGCGUACCCGAGACUAUCGCAGACCUCAAGCGAGCCGGCAUUAAGGUCUGGGUGGCUACUGGGGACAAAGUCGAGACUGCUAUUGCCAUCGGACACAGCACGAACCUCAUCGGACGCGAGGAUAACAUCGUCAUCAUCCGAGGUGGGUCGGACGGCAAAUCCGUUUACCACCAGAUGUACAGUGCCGUCGAGAGCUUCUUCCCGCUCAGUGGCAUCCUCGGCGAAGAGGGUGUGUACCUGGAAGAGGACGGCAACACGCCCGUGUCGCCCUCGAGCGGCUACCCUCUGCAGCGCGUCAAUACAGGCAUGUCCGACCUCGUCGGCCAGCAUAACGGAGAGCGUCCCGGUGGCUUCGUACUCGUUGUCGACGGCGCUGCUCUGACGGUCGCUCUCGGCGACGAGAAACAUAAGCACCUGCUCCUGCGCCUCGCUAUGCAGUGCGAGGGUGUCAUUUGCUGCCGUGUGUCCCCACUUCAGAAGGCGCUCGUUGUGAAACUGGUGAAGGAUGGUCUCGGUGCUAUGACCCUCGCUAUCGGCGACGGCGCGAACGACGUGAGCAUGAUCCAAGCGGCUGACGUCGGCGUUGGCAUCUCCGGUGAGGAGGGUCUCCAGGCGGCGAACUCGUCAGAUUAUGCCAUCGCGCAGUUCCGGUUCCUCAAGAGAUUGAUCUUGGUACACGGGCAUUGGUCGUACGCUCGUAACGGCAAUAUGAUCGUCAACUUCUUCUACAAGAACAUCAUCUGUAUCGGCGUGCUUUGGUGGUUCCAGAUCUAUUGCGCGUGGAGCAGUUCAUACGUAUUUGAGUACACUUACCUCCUGUGGUGGAACUCGUUCUUCACGCUCGCUCCUGUCAUCGCCAUCGGUCUCUUCGAUCGGCAUGUCGAUGACCAUGCUCUGAUGGCUCUUCCUGAGCUGUACGACCAUAGUCGCAAGGGCGAGUACUUCGGCCUCAGACUUUUCGCCAUCUACAUGUUCGAUGGUCUCGUGCAGUCGGCUUUCAUUUUCUUCCUCAUAUUCUACGCCUACUCAACGACUACGACUGCUCGUUCGGACGGAUAUGCCGUGUAUCAAUACGAGUUUGCGACGGUCAUGGCGAUCUCUGCAGUCACCGCCGCAAACUUGUUUAAUGGUAUGAACACCCAUGCCUGGACAGGCUGGGUGUUCUUCGCUGUGGCGCUCGGUCUGGUUCUGGUUUGGGCCUACACAGGGAUUUACUCAGCCAUUACGCCGGGAUGGUUCGCCACGCCUGUCUACGGGAACGAUCACUAUUUAUGGCCAUCCGCCUAUUUCUGGUUCGGCAUUAUUCUCACCGUCGUCCUCGCCUUGCUUCCUCGCUUCCUGGCCAAGGCAUACAAGCAGUCGUUCGACCCGAGCGACUUGGACAGGGUUCGGUAUCUGCACAAGUACUACCCCGAUCACGAUUUCUCUAAGGACAGGCUGCCUUCGAAUCCUGGAAACGCGAAGGUCCAGCCGGCGUUAAGGCGGAAGACCACAAGUGCUAGUCGGCGCCCUUGGAGUAACAACCUCGCCGCUGGCAGCCGGACAGACAUGGCCACUGGCCUCCAGUCACCACACCGUGGGUUCGACUUUGCCACGGAAGAAAAUGGCGUGGCCCUGCAACGGAUGCAGACCAACCUGUCCGAGCAGCAGGGCAAGCAACGCCUAUUGUUCCGGCGACCAAAACGGAAUGGCUCCAUCCUGCAGACCUUCUCAUUGCCGCGGUCACUCCGGCGGAAGAAGCCGCCACCAUCGCGACUGCGCGAGCCCGCCGACUCGCCGGAGUCGGUGUACUCAAGACCGUAGAGCCUCCCGGCUCGCUUCGCAUCGUCCGCGCCAUGCUCCAUGUCAUGACCUUACGCUCGUUCCGUUUGUGCCAGUUGCUCAUUUAUCAACCGGGAAGUGUAUCCAUCAGUGUUCGACUACGACCCACUACACCCUACCACACUAAUUUUCUGCUUGCCCCAUCUGUUACACAUCCUCACCUCAUGAUACCGCGUCUGCAGACGCGAUGCCACGAACUCUCCGUAGCCUACCCCGCUUACUUAGACAGUGCAUUUGUAAUACCAGCACCACGCAAUGACACACUGUAUCUAUUUCCCAG